AUGGAUGUUCAUGAUAUUGGGAUUGUUGCUGUUCUGGGGUCAGUUGGAGCUGCAACAGGAGCGAUUUCAGCAGUUCUUGUGUAUUCAAUUUGUGUUCGACGCAGACGGUCUCUUAAUUGGUUUGAAAAAGAUUUAUUAAACAGAGCUGAAGAAGCAGUACGAUCAUCAAAAGAGGUUUUUGUUGGCUUAGGAUCUAACGUUUCUCUAAAUCGAGAGAAUAAGACUUCAAAAAGUAAUGAUAAUCAAUCUGAUGUAGAAUGGCAGUCUAAUUACAUACUUGAUAGUAUCGCAAGUGACUCACCCAAAAGAGUAUUACAAUAUUUAUCAGAAUCGGAAGAUAUUUCAUCACCUAUUAACACUUUUGCACCGCCACUACCAGAAGGAACAGUGGCUGCUUCUGAAAAACGUAUGGUUAUUGUUAAGCCAUCAAGGAGUAUAAUUAAUUCAUGUUCUAGACUCAAUAGUAGUGAGACUGAGACAACUUCUUCCUAUAAGCUGUCUUCUUCCACAUCAGUAUCUUCAUCUGAUGAAAUCAGAGGUGAAUUACAAAUUGGUUUAAUUUACGAUGCAAAUGCUGGUAUUCUUACUGUUAGACUUGUUGAGGCACAUGAUCUUCAUGCACGAGAAUUAAGUGGCACUGUAGAUCCUUAUGCUAAAGUUCGUCUGUUGCCUGACUGGAGUAACGUAUGGCAAACUAGAAUACAUAGGCGAACUUUGAAUCCAGUAUUCGAUGAGGAUUUUGUGUUUGAAGUUAUGCCAGAUUCAACACUAGCGGGACGUAUAUUGGAAAUUCUACUUUAUGAUUUUGAUGCAUUCUCCAGGCAUCAUUGUUUGGGUUAUAUACAACUCCCUUUAUCUUCAGUGAUUGAUCUUUUGGAUACAACUCCCACUUUUAUUACAAAACCGAUUCUCCGAUAUAGUACUGAUAGUGGACUCAAAUUACCAUCUUUAGGAGAAUUAAUGGUUUCUCUCUCAUAUCAACCAGCUGCAGAAAAAUUAACAGUUAUAAUUGUCAGAGCUAAAAACUUACCUAGUAUUAAUGACUCAACAAACGCAAAUCUGUAUGUAAAAGUGAAAAUAAUUCAAGAUGGCAAAAGUAUUAAGAAAAAAAAAUCUAAUAUACAACGUGAAACAAUUAGUCCUGUAUGGAACGAUAUUUUAAGCUUUGAUAUUAAUAGUGAAGUAUUGUCCAAAUGCAUAAUUGAAUUUAUUAUUUUACGAGCAAACGGUGAGCUGUUGGCUAAGUGCGAGGUGUCUGGUAAAUAUCAAAAAGAGCUUUUUUAUCGUGUGCUAUCAGGAAAGGGUGCAUCUGCACAAUGGUUACCACUUUCUGAACCAGAAAUUUAUUAUGGUGAUUUUAUGGAACUGAAAGAUUAA